AUGCGACUUGAUGUGAUUUUCGUUGCUACACAAAGUUCUUUACAAUUUUUCAAGCGUAAAGGAAACUAUAAGCCGAGAGAAAAUGACAUCACAGUAUAGGGUUUGUAAUAAUUGAACUACUGGUUGCAUAAAAAAGUUACUAACGGGAACUUUCUGUCGCUAAUUUUGACCUUCCUCUUUGAAGGUGGCUGAUUCAAAACGCGAGGAGUUCAGAAAGUACUUGGAAAAGGCGGGAGUUAUGGAUGCCUUGACGAAAGGUAACUUGAUGUUAUUAAGCACAUAGACAAACUUGGAUUUUUGCGACGUUUUACUUGAGUGUCAAUGUUUUGUGUUGACAGUUUUGGUUAAUCUGUAUGAGGAGCCUGAGAAACCAGCCAAUGCAUUGGAGUAUCCUUUUGAGGUAGUAGUAAUUUGAACCACUUGAAUAUUAAGCUUAAGCUUUACUAAUCCAUCUGACUAAUCCAUAACGUUAAAUUCUCGCAGAUAUAUAUAUAACAGCUGACAAACCAGAGACAAGUUGGAGGGCUUGCUAUCAUAACCUUUGCUCUUAACCAUACUAUGCAUUCCGUCUAACUUGGCUAUGAGUUGUAUUAACUACAGCCUCAAUAGAAAUUGUUUGGAUACUUUGCUGUCUUCUUGCCCUCCCAAUGUUGGUGUGCAAGAUUUUGGUUUAACUGCGAUCAACAACAUUGGGAGGACGAGGAGACAGGCCAGCAGCAAAAAACGGCAUUGGGUGGAAGUGUCCCAACUAUUUUUGUCUGAGACUGUAGCACACCUACAUUACACAAAUUGAAGCUUUGUUUAUGGUGGAAAGUGCACUUAGCUUAUCCAGCUAGUUUACAGGCACUCCACUCAAGUAAUAAGAAACAAAUAAUUCAGAUAGUAUAUAACAGCAUUAAAAAACCCAAUUGACAGAAGGCAACCAGUUGGUUAUUUAUAAAAAGAGUGGCUGGGGGUUGAACUUUGUGGUGAAAUAUUUUUUUAUUAGUUAAGUGUGAAAUUUUAGGGCUGGCUUAGAUGCCAUAGUUCGUAUGAGCCAAAUCAUUUGAAUUUAGGCCUGCUGAAUUGAUUUAAAAACAAUUAUGGCAUUUGGUUUGGCUCAUAUGAAGUUUGACGCCUGAUUUAACCCCAGUCCACAGCCAUCUUUCUCCAGCUCAUUGCCGAGCACAAAAUAUUUUUGGAGUUAGGUUAAUAUGUUAUCAAAGCCGACAGAAACAAAAACCUUUCGAAAGGAAGCUAGCUUCAAAUUUUAAGAAAGUUCCACAGGAAAUUUUGAUUGCCUUCAGUAAGACCCUUUUAGGGUCAAAUUCUGACAAACAUCAUGGCCUUGACUACUAGUAAACGGAAUGGUGAUAUACAACAUAUAGGCUAAGGGUUCUCAAUAGAAUUAGGUGCUGUCGUUGCUGUGCUUAACUUACAGGUGUAACAAAUGGUAUGCCCCAAAUACUGCCCCCAACCCCCUAGCCCAUGGCUCAGCUGAGCAGACUUCAAGCCCUGCACAUUUGUAUGUUUGGAGCCCGCAAUCCUAAUAUCCAGGUUGUUAUUACGCAUGCAUUGCAUGUAUGUAGCCAGCAUUCAUUUGGACUUCCACUAAGAGUGAAAGUAAUGCACAGAAUGCAAUUUGAUCACGCACGUUGAACCUUCUUUCACUUGCAAUCUAAUCCUGGGUGUUUUGACUAUCUGUCACUUGAAACUUGCGCAAAGCACAACGAAGGAGCAAAAGCAUUUUGACCUUCUAUAGUUGUCACCUGCACUCCGUAACCUUUGGUUAUUACUAGUUCUUAAUAUUCUUGAUGAUCUAUUGAUUGUACUUAGUGUGGGUAGAAUCCUAGUAUAUUGUUUUUGGAGUUCAUAAUGAUUUUCAGUAAACAUUGAAUUGCCAUCGCAUUUUGACUUUUUAAAGUCUUUUCUUUACUGUAAGGUCAUCUUUAGUCUUUAUAGUUUAAAGUAAUCAGUCUUGUUUGAGAUUGUCAUGACUUAACAAUGUGCUACAAGCUUUAUGAAAGAACAUCUUCAUGGUGGUCCACCAGAGACAGCUGACAUUGAAGCCUUAAAAAAUGAAGUCUCUGAUUUAAGGCAGAAGGUCGAGCAGCUGACAGCAGAAAAUACAGAGCUAAAACAAAGGGUAAGUAUGAAAAUUUGUUCAAGUUUCCCUCAGGCCCUCUAUACAUGUGUCAGCAAUCAUGCAAGGCUAAAUGAUAGGCCCACAUUCCUGCAGUAAACUUUACAAUAAAAUAUUGUUUGUUGUUGUUUUGAAAACCUUGCAUAUUACAGUGUUGCAGUCUAAUCGACUGGUUGUCGGAGUUGACAGGGUUUGCUUUCUUAGUAGGAACUGUUCCUUAAUAGUACACAGUGCAUUAAAUGCCUUUAAGGAAGGCUCUUCAAACGUAAACUCUUUUAACGAAUCAUAUGGUACAGUGAUGUAAAACUAUCAAAAUUCUGGAUCAUCAAGAUAGAAAUUAAACUUUCAAGGUAUCCGAAACGUUUUCAAAACUUAAUAUUGUGUUUUUUAAAUCAUUUUUAUACAUUAUGUGAACUUGAAUUCAACAUAAAUGACAGUGUCUAUAUUUGAAAUUAUCGCAUACAACAGCACAGGAUCAUGAGCAAAUCAGAGGUGAACCAUGACAGGCAUUUAAAUCAGGCCGCCACAUAAAUGGAAUUUGUUUUCUUGCAUGCCUUUUCCCUUAGGCUGAACAUUACAGUUGGUUUUCUGCCCUUUCAUACCCCCUCUAAAACUCAGCAGAUGUCAAAUCUGUUAGGGAGUCUUCCCCACCCCCACAGUGUGCUUUCCAUUUAUUCAAGCAUACCUCUUUUUAAAUCCAUAAUAAUGGAUUAAGUGAUUGUUUGAGCCAAGGUUCUGUCUCAGUAUUUUGAAGCUUUGGUUCACUGUGUAUUUUACUCUUACUAUUAUUAUUGUAUGUUGCUUUGUUCAUAAACUGUAUUAAAAGAUUCCAGGUCAAUAAAUUUCUACCCCCCCAUUAAAAUGGUUUUUAGCCUGCAAAGAUGACCUUUUUUGACAACAACUGAAAGUAAUUUAACCAUAACAGAUCAUAUCACUAUCUGAUACAAAGAAAAACAUUGAUCCAAAGCAACUAUCGUGGGCACCAGCUACAACUCCUGUAAGUCUUAUCCAAACUCACUCCAAUAUUUUUGCUAUUUUCUUUGCUUCUGAAGCACAAAUGUUUUCUCGUUUCUCUGAUAAAUCACUUUUUGACAGUUUUAUAUGAAAAUAUUUUUGUUUAAAAGUGGAUGAUUUUUUACUUGCACAUCUUUUGCAUGUUAAAAUAAAGACUUGUAUUUUUUGUUAUUAAUUCAAUUAAGACAUGGCAAGAAAUAAUUAAUUGCCUGUUAUCACGACUGUGAAUAAGUUUUUAUAACAUUUUAUUCUUUUGGUUUUAAUACUGCGCAAUGUUUACUUCAUCCUGAAUAAGUCAGAUGUCAGUCAUAUAUAUUUAUUAUCAACUGAAUAGAAAUAUAAACUCGCUAGUUUCUCAUAAAAAAGUUCACAAAGUCUGUGAGUCAGUUUAGUUGUCCCUAAUCAAAAGUUAACCAUGCCUCACUGUGGGGUCAGACUAGAGGUUGCCCUGUGAUUGUGAUUUGUUAACUAUAAUUAUAAAUUUUUAUUUUUCCCAUGGUAAAAAGUUGCUGCAGUCAUAAAACAUUGUAGUUAAUAAACAACUAGCAAAACCACAACAACAGUAAACAAAUAUAAAUCUAUUCAUUGGAGACCAAUGUAAAAUUUAUUACUUUUAUUCAGCCUGAUCUAUGUUCAUAAUAAGGAGAAACUUGCUAAAUAACUUUAAACUAGAUUCCAAGCCGCUCCAAUAGCCGUAGGUCUGCAAGGACCCCUGCUCCAUCUAUACCACAGCAGCAGCAGCAGCCAAAAGUUGAGUUUUUUGAGAAGCCAUUAGUUGAGCUCUCUGAGUAAACUGUGAGUAAAGUUUUCCAUGUUCACCUUGUUUUAUUUUUGCACUACUACACAAAUUUUUUUGGAUUCAUGAAAAAGCAAUUUUGUAUUGUAAUUCUUCUGCUGUCAAAUUCUAUAGCUCAGCUAUUAAUGUCUGUUUUAGUUACAGUUUUAGGCAUGAAAGAAGCAGUUGUCAUAGUUUUCAGUCCUGCUUCACUUAUUUGCACGUAACACUUUUUCAACAUUAGCUCUAUUAAGUUAUUUUUUAAAUUAAUAUUUGCUUAGUUAAACUUUCAACAAUAAUAUUUUAACUUUGCAAAGACGUUACAUACGUGGCACUUGCUGUGACUUGAACCCAAUGUUUUUUAAAAAAUUCUUGUCAAUAUUUUAAUAUUGUUUAAAAUGUAUAUAGGCUCCUUUAAUAGGAAAGGAAAGGUCCGCCAAGUUGGUACCAGAUGCUUGAUGUUUUUAAAACUUAUAGUGCAAACUGUGAGUUUACUGAACAACUUCAAAAACAUAUACAACAGUACUGUUUAUUCAUUAGUAUAAUCCUUAAGUUUCAAAUUGUACUGGCAAAAAAGUCAAUAAAAUUCAGUUGAAUUUCAAAAUGUUUUAAGUGCCUAGGUCGAUACUGCUUAUAGUAAUAAUAAUAGUAAAGUCCGAAUAGGGAUUUCUCGGGCUUUGAGGCCAUUCUUUGCCCUGCUGAAAUCUCAGAUUUGUCCAUGGUACCCUGGCAAAAUAAUGAAAAAUGAAAAUCAGUCUUCUAAACUGCAAGAUUGGUAUUAGUCCAGCGAACUGAACUUUUACAUCUGUACUUACUCGUAACAACUGAAAAUUUAACAAAAGCACACUGGCCCUGUGGGUUGUUGCACCAGUCUUAGGAGAUUGAAAAGCCUCCUGUCUCACACCUGGGUAAGCUUAUAGAAUGUCAUUUAGGGCCAAGUGGCAGGGGGAUGUUAGGGACUUCCCCCACCCACUACAAAGCAUAACCUCUGACAUAAUAGGGGACAAAUGGAAAAUAGAACCAGGAGAACCCCCAAACUGUUUAAACUGUACUAAUUGCAUGUACUCGGCAACAUGAAAUAAUUAACAACUAUUGGACGAGGUUGAGCAAAAUAUCGUGAUUUCUCGGUGGCGAGCAGAUCAAUUAUUUGCCAAAGCCUGAAGGCCAAGGCAAAUAAUAUUGAUCUGCGAGACAGAUGAAGAAGUGAUCUGCCAUUUUCACACAAGAGUGAUCACAAGAAGGAGAAAAGUGUGAUUUCUUUUACGCAUGAGCAGAAUAUUAUUAGCAACCAAACACAGUUGGACGACAUUGCACAUGAGCGGACCAUGAGCAGUUAUUGCUCAAACUACACUGGAGAGUUUUUGUGAACUAGCAGAAAAAUACAGGUGUUUAAAUUAGUAAACCUAGAAUACUUUAAAUCUGUUUGGUAAAGAGUUCUCAACUAAUUUUUUCACAUCUGUACCCAGCAGGGACAUCAAGGCUGUGCUCUACCAGUGCCUGGUGGCCGCUGGCAUCUUAGGCGACUAGAAAAACUUAGUUUUUUAAUAGAAAUCCUAUGCUGGGCACCCCAGAUGUCACAGGUGACAGAUGAGCAGAGAUGAGCACCAGGCUACCUUUCAUUUUUCUUAGAGCACAGCCUUGGACAUGCUUAAUUAUCAUGUUAAACUCAUUGCCAAUAGAUGAGCUUGGGAACUGGUGCCUUAAAGGUUGGAGGGGAGCUUGAGCACCUCAGCCAUAGCAAGGAGGUAUCCAUGGCAACCCUGCGAGCAGGAACUACCCUUCGUGCUGACACCAACUGGCACUGUCACUCUGAAGGAAUUCAGUGGAAACUGCUCACCUGACCCCAUACUUAACAAUGCACAAACCCAAAAAAGAGGGGGAAGGGGUGGGGGCCAGAAUCUGCAAAGAUUCACUUUAACACCGGGGCCCAGUUGUUCGAAGGCCAAUUAAUGCUAACCCAGGGUUAAAUUUUAACCCGGGUUUCUUUUCCGUUUGUUCAAAAGCAUUUUUCCUGGAUAAUUUUCACUCUUCUUUUCAGAGCAUCCAAUCAUCACAUUGUUUGUAGGCAAAAGGAAUAAAACAGAAUUUACAUUUUAAGCUUUCCUGAAUCAAAUUUCCCCACUAACCCUGGAUUUACUCAACCCUGCUUUGAGCAACCUGGCCCAGAUUGGCAAAGGUCAGCUCAUAAGGCAAGCAUGAGAUGUAACAUAAGUCAAGAUAAGCAAAGGCCUCUGCUGUCACGCCACAGAUCACGUACACUAGAGGAGACCACAUUGGCUUGCAAUUUAACUUUGCCUAAAUUACAUUUAGCCACAUAUAAAAUGGAACAUGAGCAAAAGACCUUUAUGUUAUAAACCUUUGGCACAGUCUUACAUCAAAAUUCUAUCGUAAUCACACAUGCAGGGUCAAACAUAACAGGCUGACUGGUAAUCUCACUAGCCAUGGUGAAAUUUUGCAACCUUGACUUGUUUGAAAUAUAAUGUCAUCCAAAAAAUUCUUCGUGGAUUAGUGGUGUUAAUCAGUAGUCAUUAUUUUCAAAUCCUGUCGUGUUUUCAUGAAGUUUUUACUAACAGUUCUUGUAAUACCUUGCAUAGUGAUUAAUUUAAAGAGCUUUAGGGACCACAAUAUAUACUGUUAUCCCUAGUUUGUGUUAACCAAAUAGGUCUAUCUAAUUCCAUGUACGUUUAUUGAAAUUGGCUGAAUUCAGUCAGUUCUGAAGUGUACAUGGCCUACUGAAAACAUGUAGAUUAGAGUAACUGGUAGUUGAGGGUGAGAAUUUUAAAAUCCUCAUUCUCAUUAACUUUUGCCUUCUUGACUUUUGAAACAAGAAAACCUUCUGUUUGUGAAAUUCAUUAUUUUAAUUAUUCAUUUUUCUUUCUUUCAGUUACAAGCCUAAACCUAUGAACCACAAGAAUGUCUUGCACAGGUUCUCACCAGGAUUUUGCCUUGGGAGUCCCAGGGCCCCUCUUCUGAGAGGAUAAUAAUAAGGUGAUCCAGUAUAAAAGUCUAAGAAUUUGACUCAUUUGUCAAACAAACAGAAUGCUUUAGUAAUUAAAACUACUUAAGUCCGAAUAUUAAUUUUGAUAUUAUUUAUAUUAUUUAGGAUUAGUUUUUAAUUCAGUUAAUAUGUAACUAUGUGUAAUCAAAUGGUGAUGAGAUAGGCUCAGGAAAUUAUUAGGAAUUGGACAAAACGUGCAUGAAAUUAUUCCCUAAUUUCAUGAGUAUACUAUUUGAUUACCUAUUAAUAUCAUGGGUGACGAAUUGUGUUAGCAAUUGUGAAUUUUUGACAUUAUUCCUGUAUCGUAUUGAUCGAGAACUCCACUCUCUCAAAUGUUUAGACCUUAAAUUUGGCUUAGGUUCAGAAUUUUCAAAAUUUUUUGACAAAAUACCUGUUAGAAUCCUUCUUGAUGUGCUCUUUUGUGUGUUAGGUUCUCUAAAGUGUCUUUUUGUGCCCUGACAUCUUCAUUCACGGCAUUUAAAACUUCGUCACCAUCUUGACACUGAGACAGACGGAAGGUUGCCAUGGCAAUUUUGUAAUUUCACAUGUGAAAGUUAGAAAUAUUAAGGUUCAAAUGGCUUACUCUCAUAGACAUACAGUCACACCUCCCAUAAACCAAUUUUUUGUGGGUGCUUUAUACUGUUGUAUGAGAGGUUCCAAUUUAGAAGGCUUUGACUGAAAAACUGAUAAAUUUGGAUAGAUGGUCACACAUAAUCAGUUUCCUCGACUUCCUGCUGAGUAGUUUAUGUAUUAGGGCUGUCACAGAAAAAAAGACAUGUUUUUCAAACUUUGUGUGUAUUUAACAAUUAUUCCUCAAGCGUGAAUGGGCUCUGAGUCAAUGGCCCAUGAGGCCGAAGGCCAAAUGGGCUAUUGAUUCAGAGGCUAUAAGGGCGAGAGGAAUAAUUGUUUUAGUAAAAUCCAACUAGUUGGUCAAAAAUAUAGAGAAUAAAAAAAUUUUAGCUAGUUUAUAAAGCUAGACUUUACUCCUGUUUUGCUGCCAAAAAGCGCACGUUUUUCGCUACUAGUAGGCUAUAACAUAUAGCCCAGUAGUAGCUCAACCAAUCAGAAUGUAGCAUUGAUAAUAGACCACUAGUUGGAUUUUACUAACAUUGAAUAGCUACUAGCCAAAGGUUAUAGUUUGUUGGCAACAAUGGUAUUUGAUUUCUUGCAGCAAAUACCUGCUGUUUGCAAGCACAAUAAAUAAAAAGUAAUUCCCAGAUGGCAGGCUAUUAUUUAGGACUGAGUUUGCUUGUAUAUUAUUAUUUCUUUAUUUGCCUCAUAUUUUAAUGUUAUCAAAAUAUCAAAUUUCAACUCAUUGAAGUGAGAUUAAGCCCAUUGAAGCCAAUAAGGCUUAAGAUGAAAGGCAGUGUGGCUGAGUGGUCAGCUCAUUGGACUCACAAUCUGGCAGUCCUGAGGUUUGAAUCCUGCUCUGACCACUGGAUUUGUUCUCGGUCAUCCCAAGUUCAAAUUCUCCGCCACACUUGUAAAUAGCCAACUGAUUGCCUCAGGCCAGUUGGGGUUAAUCCUGUUAUGUUGUAUUUGAAUUAUUUGUUUCAAAAAAAAGAAAAAGAAGCCAAUAAGGCUAUAAUGGGCUAUAUAACAAAGGAACCUUGUCAUCUGUGAGUUAGGUUUCUAUUGUUCUUGUCAGAAACUUUUUUCGUGUUUAGCAAAAAAGUGAAAUCUUAAUUCUUCAUUUGUAUCUUUUGCAGGGAGAGUAGCAAGGAACAGUACAGUUCAUGCAGUGUAUUUGUCACUUGUCUUUUUAUUUGUAACAAAAUCAGUUUUGUAAAAUAUAGAGAUUCAAAUGGCUUGUUAAAUGUGAUGUGAAACUUGUUAUUAGUGUUUAAGGUCCCCCCUCCCUCCAAACUCUUGACUAGCUACUCACAAUAAAAGUAC